CGAAUUUUCGAAGCUCCGCGGACCCUCGUCGAAGUCGGCCAAUGGGCAGCGGUCCAUUGAAAAUCGUUGAUGCAAGCAAUUCCAUGGCGGCCAGCGUAUUUCAAAACAUUUCAUCAAAACUAUGCAGAUCUUUAGAUUAAAUAGAGCAAGCGUGAAGUAAGGGCAGGUUGAGAGGAUCAACAAACGAUACAUACCAAUAUCAAUAAAUAUUAUUGAUGUUAUACUGUGCAAAAAGAAAAGUAUACUGGAGUGCUUGUCUGAUCUUGGCAAAAAAGCUGCUGAUAAUCUUCGUAACAAAUAUACUCAUCACCAAUAAGAUUAUAGUCUCCUAGAACAUGAGGCAUUAACUCCUUCUUGUUUUAUUACAUGUUGUUAAAGGUGGAUGGCUAUGGAGGUGGGUACUUCAAGUUUCACGAAAGAGCGAUUGUGCGGUGGAGAGAACAACAAUAUCGAAGAAGAUUUUGCAUCUUCUAAGAUGCUUCAAAAUGGAAGCACCGACAGGGAUGUAUCAAAAGAAUUCGCAAGCGCUGACUCUCCAAAGUCGAAAUCGUCUAGCUUUUUUCACAGAACGUUGAGGUCAGUUUUGAAAAUUCGACGGAACCCGUCAACAAAUAGUUAUGACAUGGACUCUGGAAUUUCAAUGCCUUCUUCAAAGGAGGAUUGCUUGUCUGAAAAUGAAGAGAAAUGUGAUGGAGUAGACAGUGGUAUUGCUUCAGAAGCAGGAGACUGUCCACCUAGCUCAAGGUUGUCCAGCUGUACUAACUUUACAGGAAGCAGCUUUGGUGACAGAGUGCCAGGUAUCUGUGGGUUGCCAAAUCUGGGAAACACAUGUUACAUGAAUUCAGUUUUGCAGUGCUUAGGGCAUUUAGAUAUUUUCAUUGAAUACUUUGCUAUGGACAAAUAUCGAGCAGACAUGAAACAAAAGCGGACUUUGUUCAAGUCUAGGAAACUUGAAAAUAAUAUGAAAGGAAAAGUAACGGAGCACCUAGCAGAACUUUUGAAAUGUUUGUGGAAUUUUGAAAGUCCUGUUAAUAAGUGUAAAGGCUUCAAGGAAACAGUGUUGAAAUAUGGUGAACAAUAUAGAGGAGCGUUACAACAGGAUGCUCAAGAAUUUUUAUUAUGGCUUCUUAACCAUCUCCAUGAAGAUCUCUGCAAAAAUGCAAAUUGGAGUUAUUCAAAAUCAUCACUAAUAAAGAGAAAGAAGCUCUGCACGGAUGAAGAAGAGGCUGCACGUACGCUAGCUGUGCACGCCCAGCAAAACAGAAGUUUCAUUAGAAACAUAUUUCAGGCCCAGUACAAAUCAUCCAUUGUUUGUUCUAACUGUAAUAAAUGUUCAAGCACUUUUGAUCCUUACCUCUGCAUAUCAUUGUCGAUUCCUCAAAAGGACGUUAAACCUAUGUAUGUUACGAUGCUCUUCUCAUCUACGAAAAAGUGCCCGUUAAAGUUUGGGGUAAGUGUACCAUACAGUGGAACGAUACGGGAUUUACGACGAAUUCUUUCGAAAGUCGUCGAAGUAUCGGAGGAACGAUUAAUUAUUGCAUUAGUGUACGAAGAUGGAGAUCAGUGUUCGUUGCAUGACGAAAGUAUGAUCGAAGCCAUACCGGAACUAGAUGACUGUUUAUUUGCAAUUGAAGCCCCUUCUCUGGAUGCCGUAAAAUCGCUAUCAGAAACGCCAGUAAGAAACAGGUCGUUGCAAGAAAAGGCCUCCGAGGUGGUCAAACAACCGGAAAGAAAAUGCGCAGUUGACGGUUUAGCUGCGAGUUUCAACCAACGUAUGCAGUUGUCACUUGCAAAAGAAGAAAACAACACGAUAGUUGUCGUUGUCACGAAUGUAGAAGUUAAGGGAAAGCGCUCACGGAGAUUUGGAUUUCCGAUCACUUUAAGAGUUUCUAAGGAUGUGACUUUUAAAGAAUUACAAAUUCUUAUCAGAAGGGAAAUGCAAGUAGAGAUCAGAAAUUGCAUCAACCAAGAAGCAAGGAACUGGAAACUGGUUCUUGGAAUUCGAGUUGUUGGGGGAAUUAUACACAACGAGUACCUGAAAGAAUCCGAGGCCCAUCCUCUAAGGCAGCCAACAGUUGAAAGGGGCGUCAUCACAAAUUUAACAGCAGGACCCUCUCAUGUUUCGCUUGUUGCCGAAUGGGAACCAGAGAGCCAGCACUGGUGUCUUGCUGUGUUUGGGUUAGGCUUGUCUGAGGAAGAUAUCAGCGUUAAGCAAACAGAAGAGGAGUUCAGUAUGAUGCAAAGUUUCUCUUUAAAGGACUGUCUUGAGCUGCACACAAAAGAAGAAGAGUUGCUUUAUGAAGAUUGCUGGAAGUGCCCUAACUGCAAAACUGACGUGAACAGGACCACCAAGGUGUUGUCUCUCUGGACUCUACCAGAUGUGCUAGUCUUCCACUUAAAGAGGUUUCAGCAAGCAAAUCAAUGGAAAGGCAAGAUCUCUGCAGAUGUACAGUUUCCACUUCAUGGCCUUGACAUGAGCUAUCAUUUGGCAAAGCGGUCGAAAGUUUCCAAUGUCGAUAAGAAAAAUCUGAUUUCAAAGGCUCAAACGUACAAUACACCACUCGAGAUAGAUGAGUCUGUUUACGAUCUGUUCUGUGUUUGCAACCACAUAGGACCGUAUAUUACCAGUGGACACUAUACCGCCAACUGUAAGAACUCUGCAAAUGGAUCCUGGUAUUGCUAUGAUGAUACAGCUGUGUAUGAGAUUGGGGAGGAGCAAGUUUGCACCAGAAGUGCAUACAUGUUGUUCUAUCAAAAACGCUCUGCCGUAUCGAAGUCGGCCUCUUCGCACAGCCUCUCUUCCUUGUGUAGCCAUUGGUCACAGUUUCUAAGCAACGCAGCUAUGUUAGAUGGUGAGACUGAGCGAUAGUUUGCUAAAGUUUCGAUCAUUGUGAUAAUUUUGGCUGCACGUUGUUUUUCGGCCAAAGCAAGGAUUUUUCAAGACUUGGGAGAAAUCUUACAAUUCAUGUAAUGAUGUUUGAAAUCUACCCAGUUAACCUUAAAUGUUCACGUUUUGUAAGAACCAAAUGAAUUUUUUGUGUCAUCAACACAUAUUUAAGAAAAUAACAGUAAGACAAAUCUUCCACUCUAAUAAAACUGUUUCGUUUGGAAAUUUUUUUAGUAUUUCAACUUUCCUCAUUAAGCAGCCAUUCAUCUUUGACGACAAUACUUUUGAAUAAAUAACACUGGCCCAAAAAUUUCAUUUUUUAGAUAGUUCAUUUGUACGUCGAAAAGGUUUAAGAAUUCUUACUUUUUAACUUAGUUCUUAACUUCGAAUCUCUUACUUCUUACUUUAAAAAACAUAGAAGUUUGCACCUCCAGUGAAUCUUUUUUAUAUAAAUUUCUAAUUUGUAGUAAGCCUUCGUAAAUGAUACUACCCAACAUGGCUGCUCCAUUCGAGUUUUGCAAUUUUCUCAAAAUGUAUUCACGUUAUUCGUAUUAUAUCUGUAGAACGUAUAUAAUUGAAUUUAACCAAUUAAGACUGACAAUUGUUUCACUAACAUUCUAACACAUACGUAAAUAAUAAACGAAAAUAUACAAGCAUUUAUUUAAAAUGGUGUAACUGUGGGCGUUGAUGGAAAACUAGAUCAGAGAACGUACAAAAGAUGACACUUCCAUGAAGUUAACGCAUCUUCUUAACGCGUGCAUUUUUUAUCCGUUGUUCAUCCUUCGUGGACCAAAAUAUUGUUAUCACGCGACCAAUUUCGCAAUCAAGGCGCGAUGUUAGACAAAAUCUGAUCCCAUCAACGGAUCGUUUGCCGCAGCGGGUGUUUGCUUUUAGCUCAGUCAUCGCCAAGUUGUAGCUUGCUUUUAACCCUUAAGGUAACGCAGUUGUGCACUGGUUUUGGAACAAAGUAUUCCUCACUUUCUGUGACUGGUUUUCCACUUAAUGCAUGUUUUUAUAUCUGGCUGUUUGUACUUACUCCAUGGGAGUUUUUUAUGCCACAAGGGAAGGUUGAAGUCAAAUACAGUCUGAGAUAGUUUCUCUCUAAAUCAUCUCGAUUACAUGAACUGUUGUGGGUGUCGCCAGAAUUUGUAAAAAUUGACCAGGGAUACAAUUUUGGUAAUUUAUAAUAUUAAUAAUGAUAACAAUGAUAAAACUGUUUUUCUAAUACUGGGUUAUAAUUUCGGCAGCAGAACUGCUGUUAUCAAUGAGAACUUUGUUAUAAGCAUAAAUGACCUAAGACAAUGAAAACUUAGUAAGGAAUUGAAUAGUUGCAGAUUCAAAAUUUUUACCUCGAGUUUUCGUUCCCUUGCACGAUAAAUCUCAAUUUGGAUUUGGCUAAAAAUUUCGAAAGCUCUUUGAUUUAUGCCUUAAGGUUCAGGCAUUAAGGCAAUCAAGUUGGGUGUGUGACUACUUUUAGCUAGCAAAUACACAACGUUCUCUUGAAGUGAUCGCCUUGAACUUAUAUUAAUACAUUUUGGUCGUAAAUAACCUGAAGUUGUAAUUUUAUCGUAGAAUUUUGGUAUUGAGAUGUAGUUGUAGGCAAUUGUAUUUAUGAAAAUGGUGUAAUUUUUUAGCAUUAUGUACAGCUUUUGUAUGGUUUUUCCAAACUUUUGAAUUGGGUGGGUUUCUCUUUUAAAUGCAUUGUAUUUCAUAAGUCAAUUAUAUAUGCCAUUUUUAUGUUUAUGAAUGUAACAUUAAAUGAAAAGAAA